UCAUGUCAACAUCCGGUCAGUCGGUAAAACGAAACUGGCGUUGACAAAGUCGAUAAGUAGGCCUAACUAUUAAUUUCGGUUAUUCAUUUUCUUUGUUAACAGCUUUUGGGAUACAUCGUGCUGUUUUUAUACCGACUGUCAUCAUGCACACACAGUCAUUAAACUUUAAUCUCGUAUUAGUUUGUGUUCUGUUUUCCGCCGAUCAGAGUGUUAAAACAAAAUCAAGUUUGCUAGAUGUUUUCGUCAAAGUCCAUACCGACAGAGCUGUUCAGGUCGUUGAUGAUCGAUUUGUUGGUGUUACGUUAGAUACAAGUUUAAUUGCUGAUGGUUGGGGAAAAUUUAAUUUCACCUCUCAGAAGUUGAUUAAUCUGGCUAGGGAACUGAGUCCCACGUUUGUCCGAGUGGGCGGGACUGCUGCGGAUAGACUGGUCUUUGACCCGCUGAAGAACACCGUCAAUAAAGCUAACAGCUACCCACUGGAUGAUGAUGGCUCGGUGCAGUUCUUAAGAAAGUUUUACAUGUCAGCUAAGGACUGGGACCUCCUGAACACGUUCACCACCGAGGUCGGCUGGGAUCUCAUCUUUGACCUGAACGUUCUCCUCAGGAAGCAUGGACGGUGGAAUCCCAGCAACGCGGUCCAGUUGCUCACGUACUCCAUAACAAGAGGAUACAACGUGGCUGGCUUUGAACUGGGAAAUGAACCAGAUUCUUUUCACCAUGUGUUUAAUGUGACAGUAACUCCUCAACAGCUAGCCGAUGACGUGUUCACCUUGCAGAAUAUUUUAAGAAAGAAAUUUCCUUACUUCAAGUCAAGCCUUGUCGUUGGUCCAGACACCACCCAAGUUAAAAAGAAACGUAGCUAUGAAUAUUUGCAACAGUUUCUACAGAGUGAACCAGGUCAGAAAGUGGAUGCAGCUACUUGGCACCAUUACUAUGUGAACGGUCGGAUUGCUACACUUCAGGAUUUUAUAGAUCCAUCAAUACUGGAAAGUUUGAAAAGCGAGAUAAUAUUAGCAACAGAUCUGACACGACGUGUUGCUAUGGGAACCCCUGUGUGGCUGGGUGAGACGUCGUCGGCGUAUGGAGGGGGAGCGAAAGGCCUGUCCGAUGUCUAUGUAGCAGGUUUCAUGUGGCUGGACAAGCUGGGUCUGUCGGCGCUGUUUGGUCUGAAGCGAGUGUUGAGACAGAGUUUCUACAAGGGAUUGUAUUCUCUUCUCGAUUACCACACACUCGAUCCGAACCCGGAUUACUGGUUGACCUUGCUGUACAAGCGUCUAGUGGGCAGUGCUGUGUUCAACGCGACCUCCACUGACCAGUCCAUCGCAUUCCGGGUGUACGCUCACUGUACUAAAACACACAAUGUGUGGGGUUACCCUGCAGGCAGUGUGACUCUGUACGUGUUGAAUCUACACAGUGAAUCGGUCAACAUGUCGCUUCCACAGUUUGAUGACCAGGAGGUUGACUUGUUUCUGUUGACUCCAGAUGGUGACCAGUCCCUGAAAUCUCGAUUUGUUCUGUUAAAUGAUAAAAGACUGGAAUUAACUGCAGACAGUAAACUGCCUGUGUUAGAGCCACAGAAACUUCACAGCAGUGUUAUAUUUCCCGCGUUCUCGUUCGGGUUUGUUGUGGUACCACAGGCUCAGGUUAAAUCUUGUCAAACACUGAGCAACAUCUCUGUGGAAAAAGAAAGAAGGAGAGAUGAUUUUGUACUUUCUAAAUAAUAUUUUUAAAUGUUAUUCAGGGGCGUAGCAUGAUCUGGACCGAGGGGUGUGUGGGGGGGGGGGGGGGGGGGUUCGAAUAUGAACCAAGCGGACCCUCUUUCUAUUUUGUUUUUGCACCACCAGAAACUCCAUAUGUAUAAACCUGUAUGUUUUAAUUCUGAAAGCGGACCAUUUGCUUCAGCUUCCGAACCCCCCCCCAGCCUACGCCCCUGUUAUUAGUAAUAUAUACACAUAUCAAUAUGUUUGUUAACUGAUCAUACAGGGACUGUUCUAGGGAAAGGGUGCAGUGUUUUCAAAGGGCCCCUACAGUAGCCUAUUCGCGAAGAGGGUUCAGUGUUUAAAUGGGACACUUCAUAUUUUAGAAAAGUUUUUUUUGUUUAACGACACCACUAGAGCACAUUGAUUAAUUAAUCAUUGGCUAUUGGAUGUCAAACA